CUCAGUCAGUCUCUCGCCGUAUUCCUUUCGAAGAUGUUCAAGUCAAAAAUAUAUUUCCUAAUUUUGUUCCUACUCGGCCUUAUGCCCAGUUUGGAAAGUUAUAAUUAUUAUUUCAUCGAACCGUAUGAACGUAACUAUAAUCCCAAUUAUAACGAAGAUGCUGGUGGACUGAGAUCGCGUUAUGGUAGAAGUGAUGGAGUUACCUGUGGUGAAUCCAACAAGUCCGAUUGCGGCAGCGCUUUGGGCAGUGCCGGCAGUGAUCCCAAGAAAAUAGCCUAUGGCAUUGCCCAAAAGGCCGCUUUGGAUGCCAAGGCUGCUAAUGAUGCUCAAAUGGGUGCCGCCGAAGCGGCAUCACAUCAGGUGAGAGCCGAAUUGGCCUACAAGGCACAGCAAUCGGCCAAGGCCGCAGAGGCAGCUUUGGCUGGCAAACAGCAGGUCCUGGAUCAGUUGCGUUUGGAGCUGGUAGAUGCGGAAACAGCUUUGGCAUCCAUCCAGGCAGCUGUACCGAAAUUCGGUGACAAUGCUGAGCUUAUGAAAAGUAUCAUGGAAAAGGCCGAAAAGCAGUUGGCUUUCACCAGGAAAGUCAUCGAAGUGGCCACUAAUCAUUUGGCCAAUGAUCAGACUGUGGCCAAGGGAGCACAGCAGGAGGUGGUGGAGAAGGCGGCCAUUUUGAAUGCAGCCAAGCAGCGGGUGGAACUUAUCAAUAAUCGUUUGGCCGAGGCCACCAAGGAUCUGGAGGCCACCAAGGCGGCGGCAUAUAAGGCCUCCUGCGCAGCAGUCGAGGCCAAGCAGAAGGCACAGCGUUCACGUCGCGAUUCCUGGAUGUACGAGGAGGAUGUGUGGCGUUAAAGAGGGGGGAGCAAAAGGCUUUCCCCUUCAAUCGUUCUAUAUAUAUACAUAUAUAUUUUAUGUGUUUGUUUCAAAUUAAAGUUUCAAUUAAAGAAGGCAGCAAGCUCUUCAUGAAAUGUA